AAAAACUUGUUCCGGGAAUCAGCUGUAGCAGUUAGCAACUGUUCCUCUGCUAACUAGUGCUAAGCUAGUGUAUAGCUACAGUUAUUAAUGUUUUAGCUAAUAAUGUACAAGUUCGUAUAUUGUUUAUUGAUUAGCUGAGUGGAUUGCAAAAUUAUUAGCACUGCAAAGGUUGUUUCUAGAGUUAGCUUAGCGUGCUAGUUUGCUAAUGCUAGGCUCUGGAGUGCUGUUUACACGGAUAGUUUGGCUACUUCCUGAUUAUUUACUUUGAAGAAACGUUGGGAUUAGUGACACUUCUGUAGGUUUGAGAAAAAAAAUACAGAAUUAACACUUUUUUGUUUUUGUAAUAUGUGUAAUGAGCUGAUGAGAAUGUGAGGAAUUUUAAUUAUUGCUGUGAGUUGAGAUUGAAACCUCGAGCCUGAAGAUGCCUGGAGUGGCUACAGGAGUGAAGGAGCUUUAUCUCUCCACCUCACUGGGAGAUCUGAACAAAAAAGCUGAGGUCAAACCCGAAAAAGUCAGCACCAGGCACUAUGUUCAGAGUGCGUGUAAGCUGUUUAAAGCGGCAGAGGAGUGCCGUCUGGACCGAGACGAGGAGAAAGCCUACGUCCUCUACAUGAAGUACCUGACUGUCUAUGACCUCAUCAAGAAGAGGCCGGACUUCAAACAGCAACAGGACUUCUUCAUGUCCAUGCUCGGGCCAUCGAGCUUUAAGAAGGCCAUCGAGGAGGCGGAGAAACUCUCUGAGAGUCUGAAGCUCAGGUAUGAAGAGGUAGAGGUGCGGAAGAAGCUGGAGGAGAGAGAGAAGAGAGAGGAGAAGGAGAGACGAGAACAGAAGGCGGAAAAGGACAAAGGACGAGCGUCGCCCAAAGGCCCAGAGAACAGAAAGGAGAGCAAAAAGGCUAAAGAACAGAACGAGCUGAAGAGUGUGAACUCACCAGCGCCCCUGAGUGGAGGUAUUAGCGCUCAGCAGUUGUACUCUAUGAUGAAGGACCCUAACCUGAGUGUGUUAGUGAUGGACGCUCGAAAACAAGCGGACUUUGAGGAGUCACACAUGGCGGUGCCGAAUCAGAAGUGCAUCAGUGUUCCUGAGGAGGCCAUCAGACCCGGGAUCACAGUGAAUCAGAUCGAGGUGAAGCUGCCGUCAGAGUCUCUGCCUCAGUGGAAGCAGCGUGGCUUUGCUGAUUACAUCAUCGUGCUAGACUGGUUCAGCUCCAUACCAGACCUGAAACUGGGCACGACCCUACAGAGCCUGAAGGAUGCGCUGUACAAGUGGGACAGUGUGACGAUCCUGCGCACGGAGCCUCAGGUUCUAGAGGGAGGCUAUGAGAACUGGCUGCUUUAUUAUCCGAUGUUCACCAGCAACGCCAAGAUCAGACCCCCACGCCAACAAACACACACCCUGGUACCAGAGUUGAAUUUCAGCUACCCGUGUCUGGAGGAGACUCCGCCCGAACCUGAAAGUGUGUGUGUGAGGGACGGUGUGGAAGAUGUACAGGCUAAUGGCACUGUAGAUGCGGACACAAACGGCAAGACCACUGCGCCGGAUAUACACACUCGCACACACACUCCUUCACCGACCACACAACCAGCGUCCACGCCGACGCCAACACCAACACCAACACCAACACCAAGGGUGUCCAGUGUUCCAAGUCCAAAGCAGCCUGUAGCUACGGCAAAGACAAUACCACAGUUCGACCGAUCAACCAAGCCGGUUAAACCCUCAGAAGCUGGAAAGCCAAGCCCCGAGGGUGGAGCCAAAGAGGGCGGGGCCAAAGAAGCUAAGGCCAAAGAAGGUGGGGCUAAAGAUGCGCCUGUUUCCACAGUGACCAAUGGUCCAGUGAUUCCGGAUCGUUCAGUCAAGCCAUACCUUGAGGAUAAGAAAGCAAGAGAGAAGGAGGAAGAGGAGAAACGACAGAGAGAAGAGGAGGAGAAGACGGAGAAGACGAAGAAGAAGAAGGAAGAGGAGGAGGAAGAGGAGGAGGAGGAGGAGAAGGAGAAGAGGAAGAAACUGGAGCGCCAGAAGGCGGAGGAAGAGGAGGAGAAAAUGGAGGAAGGAGAUGAGAAAGGAAAGAGAGGAGUGAAGGAUCAGACGCUGGACGCUCAGCUCAAGAGCAUGUCUCUGGAUUCUCCUCUGCCCCACACCGCUGUCUCAGAUAUAAAGCGGGAGCCUCUGACCCGUGCUCGGAGUGAGGAAAUAGGAAGGGUGGUACCUGGGCUACCUGAGGGCUGGAUGAAGUUCCUGGACACGGUCACCGGGACGUAUCGGUAUUAUCACUCCCCCACCAAUCGUGUGCACCUCUACCCCCCUGAGGUCACGCCCCCUGCCACGCCUCCAGCCACUCCCUCCAAGCCCAAGCCCCGCCCUGGAGCAUCAGAGAAAGAGAAGGAAAAAGAGAAGGAGCAAGAGAGGGAAAGAGAGAGAGAGCAGUCCAAACUGAAACGCUCGUACUCCUCCCCGGAUAUCACCCAGGACCUGAACGCAGAGGGGGCCAGAAAACCCACACACACACCCACAGUGAACAGAGAUACCAAACCCGUGACUGCCACUUCCUACGCUAAAGCUGAGAUCGCUCGUCCAUCUGCCGCUAAGAUCCGGACCAUGAACCCGAUAUUUGGCGGAUUGGGUCCGUGUCUAACAGGCCUGCGGAAUUUAGGGAACACCUGCUACAUGAACUCAAUCCUGCAGUGUUUGUGUAACACGCCGUUCAUGGCCAAUUAUUUCAACACGAACCGCUACCAGGAAGACAUCAACAGGUCGAAUAUCCUGGGCCAUAAGGGCGAGGUGGCCGAGGAGUUUGGUGCGAUUAUGAAGGCUCUGUGGUCGGGUCAGUUUAAGUACAUCAGCCCUCGGGACUUUAAAAUCACCAUUGGUAAAAUUAACGACCAGUUCUCUGGCUACGAGCAGCAGGACUCCCAGGAACUUCUGCUGUUCCUGAUGGACGGCUUACAUGAGGACCUCAACAAGGCGGAUAACCGGAAGCGAUGGAAGGACGAGGCGUGUGAUACGAUGGAUGAUGUCAACGCGGCGGACUGGGCGUGGCAGAAGCACAAGCUGCUGAACGAAUCGAUCAUUGUGUCACUGUUCCAGGGUCAGUUCAAGUCCACGCUGCAGUGUCUGACAUGCCACCAUCGCUCUCGCACCUUCGAGACCUUCAUGUACCUGUCACUGCCGCUCGCAUCAUCCUAUAAGUGCUCUCUGCAGGAGUGUUUGAAGCUGUUCUCUAAGGAGGAGAAGUUGACGGACAAUAAUAAGGUGUUCUGCCCUCACUGUAAAGCUCAGAGGGAAUUCACCAAGAAGCUGGAGAUCUGGAAGAUUCCGCCCAUCCUGCUCGUACACUUAAAGCGGUUCUGGUAUGAGGGUCGGUGGAAGCAGAAGCUCCAGACCUCGGUGGAUUUCCCGCUGGAGAACUUGGACCUGUCUCAAUACGUCAUCGGGCCGAAAUCAAACCUAAAGAGAUACAACCUGUACGCCGUGUCUAAUCAUUACGGUGGUCUGGACGGAGGUCACUACACGGCGUACUGUAGGAAUGCGGCUCGGCAGAACUGGUUUAAAUUCGACGAUCACGAGGUGUCUGAAAUCUCCACCUCCUCAGUCAAGUCGUCUGCUGCCUACAUCUUCUUCUACUCCUCUCUCUGAGGCCACACCCACCCGGACCGCCACGCCCCGAGUCCUGACUGACCCGAGAGCCAUCAGAGCUGCUGUGGGUGGAGCUUAAAGGCCCAACUGAAGAAGCUGAUGGAGGGGUUUUAGUGAGAAUGUGAAAGAUGUGAAAGUCUCCCUCUCUCUCUCCUCGCUCUCUCUCUCUCUCUCUCUCUCUCUCUGUGUCUCUCUCGCUAUAGUGAAAUCUGUUAUUCCUGACUGUACUAGAAGGGGGCGGAGCUUUCUCCCUGCCCGCCAUUGUUCUGCCUUUGGACACUAAUGACGUUUGGGACACAGCCGAGCGCAGUCUGAUCUUCCGCUUUUGAGAAUGAACUCACGAGCUCAUGUACAUAUCGCUAAUGUCUUGUCUUUUUUUUUUUUUGUUUUCUUUUAUUUUUUGUUGUAAAUUUACAUUUAAAGUGACCAAAUCCUCCCCAAGAGUGAACGAGUCGCCUGUCUGUCUUUCAUCGCACCGAUCCAGUCUUUUUAAUUUUUAUUCUUCGUCAGUGGUCUUAGUAUUGGCCGAGUACGCAAAUGACUCCUUGCUGCCUAUAGAGUGACAUAAAGGCACUUGUACCCUAUAUAGUGAAUCACGUGUGAUUUGGGAUUCACUUCCUGCCCUAAAUAGGGCAUACAAUAUUAACAAUAUUAACCCUUGACUUAUGCACUACACAUACAACCGGGGGCCAUUUUUGGUGCGUCUCAGUCAUCUCGCUAGUUCAGUAGUCAGAGCGCUGAUCAGGGAGGCGGCCAUUUUAAGUUCGGUCUCAAUCGCAAAAAUCCUUCCAGUGCACUGGUACGUUUGCGCCUGAUAAAUCCCACAAUGCAAUACGUUCCUUACUGGAAAUGAGUCAUAAUUUCUGAAGCCACUCGGCUUGAAAGAAAUUGCAUACGAACUCUCAGCCAAUUUCAUCUAGCUUGUUAUCGUUGUCGUAGCUUUUAAAUGAUUGCUUACGUUAGCGAUUUUAACUUUAUUUGACGUUCUGUGUAUACGGUGUGUUUGAGUCGAAUGACUUUUAAGUGUUUAAUGAUUUUAAAUAAAUCCACUAGCGAGCUACGAUCCUGUUUGAAGCACCAUGACGGCGAGAAAUUUGUGUGAUUAAGCUGAUAAAUUUAUUAGCCAUAUAACGUCAGAAAGAUAUCGGUCCUGCCUGUUGGUGUUAAACGCCAGUUGUGACGUUUUACAACGCGAGUACGUCGUCAUGGCGCCGAAAUUGAGUCAUCAGCAUCCCCGUGUGUAGUGACCCCAGGGUCCUAGUGCCUGGACUAAUGUACACGAUCUACUGAUUCACCACCGGGGGAGCUAGCGAGCAGAUUGAGACGCUCCCACAAUUUAUCUAUCUAUCUAUCUACACCCUAUGUAGUGCACUAUAUGUCCAGUAGGGGGAGAUUUGAGAUUCUACUGUCUGUCUGUUAUUCCCUAAUACAGACCUGCCAAUCUUUACAAUUUUUUUUGCGUAGGAGCGUUUAAAAUUUUAACAUCGGAGGACACUGCUAAGAGUUACUACUCAACACACACCGUGUCUUCAUUCCACCCCUCCAUCUCAGAAACAGAAAAAACAGCCAACUGACAUAUGAAUCUGGAAUGAUUGACAGUUUUAUAGCUGUUUUGAACUCUCUGAUAUGAACUGCCCCCCUGGAAGCUCCGCCCCUUUCCCCUGUGUACUACAUUUUACCCUCAGCCCCUUUUAUAUAUUUUUAUUGGAACUAUGCAUCAUUCCCAUUCAGGAUUGGCAGGUCUGCUAAUAUUAUUAAACUACAUAGAGUAUAAAAUAUUAAACAACAAGCCAAUAUCAGGGUCGGUGCCUCGCUACUCGUCACUUUAGUCUUUAAUUAUUCUGAGCCAGUAGUCACGUUUUUGUUAUUAACAUAUCAUGUAGAGCUGAGCUCGUUAUCUCAUUAUCUCAUCUCGUUAUCUUGGCAUUUAUGUAUUUGUGUGUUAAGUCUUUCAUCAAUCUGUCUUUCUGAUCCAUGUUUAUAAACUAAUGCAGUGAUCUCUCUCACACACACACACACACACACACACCUGUACACUAUAACGUUUAUUUAUAUAUACAUAUAUAUAUACAUAUAUGUGCUAAGUCUGAGCGUAGCUUAGCAAACUAAUGAACUCCAGUAGUUAGGGUGUAGAAGAUGGUUUAGUGAAGCGAAUGCACGACACGUUCUCGUCGUAAAGUCCACCUGCGCUAAUGAUGACGUCAGAACGACGUAAACCUGCGAGGACGAUAAAGACCGAACAGGAAAAGAGUACGUUGUUAGACGAUCCUGCUGUCCUGCAGUUUUCACUCCGUAAAUUUAUCUCCUCGUCCGAGCGCUAACCUCAGACGAGGAUCUUACGCACUCACGCACUUCAUCUUUGGAUUCUGAUUGGCUCACUCCUGCUGCUCCCCCCCUCCCCCCUGAUCAUUAUUCUGAUUUUCUGGUUUCCUUCUAUAGGUUUAUUCCUUCUGAAUCCCUAGUCUGCAGGUCUAUAGUUUCUUUCUCUCCUUGUUUCUAGUGUCCUUAGUUUUUUUCCCUUGUUUGCAGGUCCCUGGUUUUCUUGUCCCCAUGUUUCUAGUUUAGAGGGAGUAGUUUCUUUUCUCUCUUUUUUGCAGGUCCCUACUUUCUUUCUUCCUUCAUUUCCAGGGUUCCUAGUUUCCUGUCCCUUUUCCCUCUUCUUGUCCCUGAUCUCAUUUCUUCUUGAUUUCUUUAUUUUUAAAGUUCUCUUGUUCUGUUUUCUUUCGUCCCUAAAAAUCUCUCGCUCAGUGUUACGUAACAAAUUCUUCAGCAAUGUAGAUCAGAUGAGAGACAAUGCUGGGCUUUAUCAUACUAAGUGUUGGUGCGGUCAGACUGUAGGAUCCGACUGUAGCGCCAACGAUUUUUAAUUUCACCUCCACAUGCACACGGACACAGAGUGGGCGGAGCUUGUUGAGUCCCGCCCAUUGCAGUGUUCAUUCAGGCAAAGAAAUCAGAUGGCUUCUGAGCAUAAACAUUAAACUGAACGUUGGUCAAGGGUUUGAUGAGUUAUGAAACGUCAGGCACAACUGAUCACCCUUUAUCUCCAGCCGGCAUUGUUCUCACUGACACACACACACACUCACACACUCACACACUCGCACACUCACACACACUCAGUGUUAGAGAUGGAUCACUCAGUGGACCGUAUACUCAUGUGUAGUUAACCAGCUGUGACAAUAAAGCUAAUCAAACACUGA